AAAAUUCACCUUCUAAAUACAUACACCUUGGCUUCGAGCCGUGACAGCGGACGGAUCGUUCCAGUAAAAUCUAUUUUCGGUAUUUGCUUACAUGGGCAUUGUCAUUCUGAAGCUGUCAAAACAUUGGCAUCGCGUAUCGUGUUGUGUGGCACUUGGCUGGGGUAUCUAUAAUAACAAUUAACGCAGAAAGGCGUAAAGAUCUUAAUUCAUUGUAAACCUAGCUGAUUUUUUGCGGGCAGUGUUAUUCAUUGGAAAAGUGUCGGCUAAGGGACUAAAAAAAAACUAAAACUUAAGAUGUCCAACAAUUCCGAUAGUCAGUACUGGGCGAAUCAGCCCCAGGAAAUGUACGAUGGAUUCAACGAUAAGUCGCAGGUUCUAGACUUCCAAACAUUCAACCCAAAUGAAACAGUAUACUGGAACGAUGCACCGCAAACGGAAGGAGGAUAUAAUCAAUUAUCCGAUACGGCUUCCCGCGAUCCGUAUGGCAUGAUGCAGCCGCAAACGCAGUACGGACCAACACCGUCAAUAUUCACGCCGAAAUAUGAAAAUGAUAAUGGUGUUACCUCCAGCCCUGGCAUGGAAAUCGAAGCGACUGAAUUCGACGAGCCACCUCUGUUGGAUGAGUUGGAAAUCUAUCCACGGCGUAUCAUGGAGAAAGCAAUUGCUGUGUUAAAUCCUUUUCAGAAUAUGGGUACAAUGUUAGACACUCCGGACUACCUGUUUAAGGAAACUGACUUGGCCGGCCCGAUCAUGUUCUGUCUUACGCUUGCUGCUUGCUUAUCCAUCUCGAACAGCAAGGCCCAGUUCGGUUACAUUUACGGUUUGUCGACAAUAUCCGUGCUGGCGAUGUACUGCCUCAUCUGGCUUAUGUGCCACGCUGUCGAAUCGCACGUGACUGUGUCAGGCGUAGCUAGUGUGCUCGGUUAUAGCAUGUUACCCGUUGUAUUUCUAGCAAUGAUUGGAAUGUUUGUCUCGCUUAAUAACUUUUACGGCAUGAUGUUUGCUGGAACGUCCAUCCUGCUAGCGACAGUGUAUUCCAGCAGAAUGUUUUGUCUCAUGACGGGUGAUCCGCAUCAAAGAUACUUGAUAGCAUACCCAUGUUCGUUGCUGUUUACUAUCUUUUCAAUGCUAGUUUUGUUUUAAUUUUUUUUCUUUAUAACUGGCUAAAAUAACGCUGUCAUGAUUUUUGGGUAUUUAAUUUUCAAUAAAAAGUUCUGAUAAAUAAUGCCACUAAACAACAAACAUUCUUCAAUGUUAAGUAAGUCUUAAACCGAUGAAUACACAUUAAGUGCACGCAA